AUGAUUAAAAAAAUUUUUAAAAACAUAAAUAUUUCAAACGAAGAAAAAGAUGAUAAUUUUAGUUACAGUCAAAAUAUUAUAAAUUUGAUAGAAGAAAUAAUUAAGAAUGAUAACGAUUAUUGGAAAUAUGUAAACAUACUUGAUGAGUUAGCAACGUUGUGUUAUGAGGAUCCAAUAGAUUUUCGAAAGUCGUUUUUUUCAAAAAACGAGCAAAAAAACGCGAAUAAAGCAAAGGAACAAAAAUUGACUAUUGACAAAAUUAUAGAUCGGAUAUUAAUUGUUUUAGAAAAAUAUGAAGAUUCUAGAAAUACAUUUAUAUAUGCAAUUUCAAAGCUAAUAUUUAUUAAUGAUUAUAAUUUUAACAUAAAAAUAUUAACCAUAUUAUGUAAUUUAGCUUUAAAUGAUGAAUAUAAAACCGCUAUUUGUUCUGCUUUAGAGGAAAUAGUCACAUCGACCAUCCUCAAUUCUUCGGAGAAACAAACCAUAGAUAAUAUAUUUGUCGGAUUGAAUUCAUUACCACGGGACAAAAUCAUAGCAAACAGCUUCAAAAAAUGUAUCUAUAAAAUUAUAAGAAUAUUAAAAAGUUCAUUUAAUGAAAAUAUUUUGAAGCUUUUAUCAAUUUGCACUUUAGAUAAGGAAAUAUGCUUAAUAGCCUAUGAUGAAGGGCUAUUAAAAAUUCUUAUCAAAGAAAUGAAAAAACAUGAGGAUGAUGAUUUUGAUGAUGCCCCAAAUUACCUCAAAGAUGUCUAUCUGAUUGUGCACAAUUUAUGCGGAAAUUAUUUUAAACAUUGUGAAAUGAUUAUAAAUGAAAAAUUACAUAUAAUUUUAUAUUUUAAAAAAAUUAAAGAAAUAGUAAAUAUAGGUAAAACAAAUAUUUCUCAGAAUAAAUCUAUAUAUUCUAAUUUAAUAAUUUUAACAUUAAAUAAUAUUUGUAAUUUUAGUAAAGAGACAUUAAUCGAGCUUUGUAACACUAUGCAUAUUAUUGAUUUAUUUUUAAUUGCAAUUAAAAUGGAUAUAAAUAAUCCUUAUUAUUUAAGUGCGAGUUUAGGAGGAUUAUUAUUAAUUUUAAAAAAUAAUGAAACAUAUAAUAAUAAUAUUGAAUAUAUAUUGCAGAAUACAAAUAAUUUAAAAAUAUUAAUGCCAUUAUUAUUUGGAAAUAAAUAUAAUAAUAUAUUUAAUCAUUAUAAAAAUUCUGAUGAUAAUAUAGAGAAUUAUUUAUUUGAGAUUGUUAAAUCAAUUUUAGACAUCAUUGCUUUUUUUUUUCAGAAAGAAUUAGAUAAGUAUUCUAUAAAAGUAAAAAAAGAGUUCAGAAACAGUAACAUAAAUCAAUAUUUAUUUGCAUGUUUGGAAAAAAAAAAUGAAAACAUAAUAAUUCGUAUGUUAAAAUUUAUUUAUCAAUUGUCUUUUGAAGAUUACAAAUUUGUAGAGAUAUAUAAAAUAUUUUAUAUUUUGAAUGAAAAAAAUAUUACUAUAAAUAACAAAUGGAGAGAAAUAUACUACUAUUGUAUAAAAAUAUAUAUAAAAGUAAUAAUAAAUGAAAAAAUUAAAACUAUUAUAGAUGAUUACAAUUUUAAAGAAAUAAUUAUUAACAUAUUUCGAAUCAUAAAUGAAUUUUUAUUACACGAUUUGAUAUUACAAAGAAAAGCACACUUCUCGCUCCUCAAAAAUAAUGACAACUCUGAUAUGGAAAUGUUUAUUGAAGUUAGUGCAUUUACAUUAAAUCAAAAUGAAAAUUUCAGGCAUAUUUAUGAAACAGAAGUCAUAGAUUUAAACAAGGUAACAGUGGAAUUUCUGUGUAUAUGCUCAAAAUUUAUUGAGUUACGAAAUUUUAUGCGAAACCCAUCAAUAUCUUAUUAUUUUAAUAAUAUUUUAGUAAAUGAAGAUAGUUUAUAUAGUGAAGAAAAUAUAAAUUAUGAUAUUUUAAUUGAAAGAACAUGGCCUUGCGAUAUUGAAAAUAUAUUUAAAAUAUUAAUGAAAAAUAAUGUAUCAAAAAAUAAAAAAAUUUAUUUCCGUCUUUUAAUUAAUAUAGCUGAUAUAUUUAGUGGAUAUUUUUAUCAAUUUAAAACUUAUAAUAAUAUGAAUAUAUUUGAUUUAUGUAAUCUUGAAGAUAAACAUUGGAAUAAAAAAAAUAUAUUAAAAUAUUUUUUAUUAAUGAACGAUAUAGAUCGAAAGGAUUGUAAAGAGCAAUUGUCCAUUUUUUUAAAUCAGUAUAUAGGGAAUUUAUUUUCCUUAUUAACUAUGUUUGUUGAGCAUGAUAUUUUUUCAGAUUUAAAAAAAGAACAAAAAGAACAAUAUUUUCCUGGAGUUUUAAAAUACUACAAAUUAGAAUAUGAAAAGAAAAUAUCUUAUUUACAAUUAAAAGAAAAAAAAAUAAAAAAUAUCAUUACAAAUUUUAAACAUGAAGGAAAAGAUAAUAAUGCGCAAUACAAACAUUUGGAUCUACAAUUGCAAAAUAUUCAUCAAAAAAAAAAAAAAAUUUUUUUACAAUUAUCAAAAAAUAAUUUUACUAAAACAUUUGAUAUCUCAUUAGUUGACAAUGAAAUUGAAUCUAAUUUAGAUAAUAUGUUUGAAAUAUCUAAACCUAAAAAAAAAAUAAUUAAAAGCCCCAAAAAAGAGCAAUAUAUGAAUUUUUCUAAUGACGAAGGAUUGUCACAAAAAGACUUAUCUGAAAAAGAUGAAAUAAAAGAAAAAAAUUCAAAUAACAAUAAUUUAAAUAAAGAUGGUAAUCAAAAUAAGACGAAUGAUGAUAAUAUAAUUGAAAAUAGUACAUUAUUAAAUCAACAUAGUAUAGAAGAAAAUAAUAUUUUAAAAAAAUUGUCUAACAAUGUGAAAAACGACGCUUCUCAUAGUAUAGACAGUAAAUACACUAAUACAGAAAAUUCAUUUAGUUUUAUUAAUGACGAAAAUAUAGAUACAUACUGUAAACCAUCGUCUGAAUCGUCCAUAUCGUCUGAUCCUAACGUAACUGUACUAGAUAAAAUAUCGUCUGAAUUAUUAAAUUUUAAUAAAGAAGUAAUAUAUAAACCCAAAAUAAAAACCUUUAAUAUUCUUUUAUUUAACAAAAGAGGAUUAUUUGUUAAUAGUAGCAAAGGUGAAAUUAAUGAAUCAUAUAUUUUAGAUUCUUCAUUCAGAAUAUUUUACAGUAUUAUCAUUAAUAAUAUAGACAAUGAAUUUUAUACAAAAUUAGAAGAAUUUUUAUUAAAAAGCAAUGUUUUAAAAGGCUUUAUAAAUCUUUUAAAUCAAUGCUCUUUUUAUGAUUGUAAUGUUUAUGCACAUUUUUUUCGUUUAUACAAUGAGAUAUUAAAAAAAAAUAUAAGAGCAAUUGAAUCAAUGGAUAUGUUAAUUUUUUAUAAUAUAUUUUGUUAUUAUUUAAAAUUAAUAUCUAAAGAAUUUAUUAAAAAACUUCGAAAUAACGAAUAUAAUAUAUCAGAUAAAUAUCAAUAUUUUUUUUCAGAAUUAAGUCAAUUAUUUUAUUAUUUUACACAAAAAAUUAUAUAUAUACAAUUUUCACAAUAUAAUGAAAUACAAAAAUGGUGUGUUGAUUGUUCUUUAUAUAAUUUUUUUUAUAAAAAUAACAUUUUAUUAUUACUUUAUUUAUUUAUAUAUAUUAAUAAUAUACACCAUGGAUCAGAAUAUAAAUCAUAUAUAUAUCACAAAAAAAAAUUCAAUUAUAUACACACUAUUUUUUUCUACACAUUACAUACUAUUUCCUAUUUAAUGUGCUUUUCACCAAACCUCAAGUAUUUUAUUUUAUAUUUUAUAAAUUAUAAAAAAUUUAUUCACAAAAUAUUAUUUAGGAAAUCUCUUAUUCAUUCUAUAUUUUUUUAUCACAAACUCAUAUAUUUACGAAUACUUCUACAAAAUUAUUUAUCCCAAAAAAAUAAACGCCCCACACAGAUUUAUCACAUAUCUCCAGUUAUAUAUAUCAGGAAUAAUGCUAUAGAAUGGUAUUUUAUGGCUAUUGGAUUUGAUAAAUAUUAUUUAGUCUUUAUCCCAGAUAAUUUUGAAAGUAAUAUAACCGAUUUUAAAGAUACAAAAUUAGUUAUUUAUUCAGAAAAAAUAUAUAAAGAUAUAACACGAAUCUGUAUUAGUAAAAUAAAUGACAAUUUUUUUGUUCUGGGUAAUAUAUGUUUUGAUAAACAUAGACCAUACGAAUCAUAUGAUAUAUUUAUUAGUAUAAAUAAGUAUUAUCGAGAUGUAAUUAUAUUAUAUUCUCAAUUUUUGUCGGGUUCUAACUAUGAAACGAGAGUAGACAUAAUUCAAGAUACUAUAAUUAUAAAUAAUUUAAAAAAUUAUAUGAACGUUCAUAAUAUUAUUAUAACAUCCUUUGCCUAUAAAGAAAUAAAAGAAGAUGAAAUAUAUGAAACAAAUAAGAAAAAUAAAAUAAAAAAAAGACAAGACAAUUUAGAUAACUCUAAAAAUAUGUAUGAAUAUGAAAGUUCAGAAGAAUAUGAUAAUACAAAUGAUUCGAAUUAUUCUGAAGUAACAGACUCUUCAAAUAAAUUGGACAAAUCUGAUAAUUCUGAUACACAAUCUAAUAAUGAAGAAGAGUGUAAUAUAUUUAGAGCAAAUAUAUCAAUCAAUAAAAAAAAAAAAAAAAUAUUAUUAUUUUUUGUCUUAACAAAAAAUCAUUUAUAUGUAUUCAAAUUAAAUUUUAAAAAUUGGAUAUUUUUAAGUCCAUUUAUUGAUGAAGAAAAAAAUGAUAUAAAACUUUAUGUUGAAUCAAUCAAAGAUAGUGACGAAGAACAAAAUAAUAAUAUUUUUAUAAAUGAAAAAAUAUUUCUGAACAAUUUCAUAGGAAUGACAGCUAAUAUUAUUAAUGACGAAAAUCCAAUAUUUGCUAGGAAAUCUGCAAUUACAAAUGCAGUUAAAAAUAUAUAUUCACAUUCUAACUCGGAGUGUACAAACGAUCAAUUGUUAUCAACAAACGUUACAACAUCCAUAACUACAACAGAUAAUCAAAGUAUAAGUCCAACUCAAACAAACAAUUCGGAUACUUAUAAUAAUAAAAGAUAUGUAUUUGCAAAUCAGUUUUUUUUAAAUAUAAAACAUAAAUAUGAUAAUGAAUAUUUAAGUAUGAUUAAAUUUAUUAACAAAUGUGAAUCCAUUAUUUCUCUUAUUUAUAAAAUUGAGCAUAAAAAAUCGAAGGAAAAAAAAAUUAAAAUAAUAAUGUUUGAUGAUUAUACCCGAGAGCUAUGGAAAAGAUCUUUGGCAUAUUCUUUAAACAUCCAGAUGGCCUCAUCGGAAUGGCGUAGAACAUGGAAAUAG